CUGGACCCCUGUGCGCCUGCGCGCCGCGGGCUGAGCGAGCCGAGCCAGCCCGGCUGAGUGGGCGCUGGGUCCGGCACCACUAGGCGUCUUCUUUUGGCUCCGCCACCAGCCGGGGCUCGGGCCUGGGCCCGGGCCCCCGGGGCAUGGCCCUUCGGAGUGCGCAGGGCGACGGCCCCACUUGCAGCCGCUGGGACGGCGGCUCGGAGAAAGAUUUCAAUGCCAAAAGGAAAAAGAAGGUAGCAGACAUAUACCAGGCCCUGAACAGUGAGCCCACUGAUGUGGCUGCCCUCAGGCGCAUGGCCAUCAGUGAAGGAGGGCUCCUAACUGAUGAGAUCAGGCAAAAAGUAUGGCCCAAGCUCCUCAAUGUCAACACCAAUGACCCACCUCUUAUAUCAGGGAAGGACUUACGACAGAUGAGCAAAGACUAUCAGCAAGUGCUGCUGGAUGUCAGACGGUCUUUAAGACGGUUCCCUCCUGGCAUGCCAGAAGAACAGAGAGAAGGGCUCCAGGAAGAACUGAUUGAUAUCAUUCUCCUCAUUUUGGAGCGCAACCCACAGCUACACUACUACCAGGGCUACCAUGACAUUGUGGUCACGUUUUUGCUGGUGGUAGGCGAAAAGCUGGCAACAUCGCUGGUAGAAAAAUUGUCUACCCACCACCUCAGGGAUUUCAUGGAUCCAACCAUGGACAACACCAGGCAUAUAUUAAACUAUCUGAUGCCCAUCAUUGACCAGGUGAAUCCAGAACUCCAUGACUUCAUGCAAAGUGCCGAAGUGGGGACCAUCUUUGCCCUCAGCUGGCUCAUCACCUGGUUUGGCCAUGUCCUAUCUGACUUCAGGCAUGUUGUACGGUUAUAUGACUUCUUCCUGGCCUGCCACCCACUGAUGCCCAUUUACUUUGCAGCUGUUAUCGUGUUAUAUAGAGAACAGGAGGUCCUGGAUUGUGACUGCGACAUGGCUUCAGUCCACCACCUGUUGUCCCAGAUCCCUCAGGACCUGCCCUAUGAGACGCUGAUCAGUAGAGCAGGAGACCUCUUCGUCCAGUUCCCCCCAUCUGAACUUGCCCGGGAAGCAGCUGCCCAGCAGCAAGCUGAGAAAACGGCAGCCUCUACAUUCAAAGACUUUGAGCUGGCAUCAGCUCAGCAGAGGCCUGAUAUGGUGCUGCGGCAGCGGUUUCGGGGACUUCUGCGGCCUGAGGAUCGAACAAAAGAUGUCCUGACCAAGCCAAGGACCAACCGAUUUGUGAAACUGGCAGUGAUGGGGCUGACUGUUGCACUUGGAGCAGCUGCUCUGGCUGUGGUGAAAAGUGCCCUUGAGUGGGCCCCUAAGUUUCAGCUGCAACUGUUUCCUUAAAUGCUAGAGAAGAUACUUCCUCUUACAUUACAUUGAUAUCUCACCCUUCCUUGGAAGGAUCGGGAAGGGGUGGAAUUUCCUUUAUUAAAAGGGUUUCUUUCAAGGGUUUUCUAUUCCUACCACCCUUUCCUGCCAGUCCGUGGUUUGCCUUUGCUUCAGAGGCCAAUAGCAGAACCUGUUUGUCACUGGACACUUGGGGACCUGGACAUAGAACUCCAUUCUCACUGACAGUGGGCUUUUGAGUGUGCUUUCCACUGUUUCCUAUUGUGUUGGAGGGAAGAAGCUUCUUGAGCUCCUGACUACAUUUAGUACCCCUUGGGCCUGGUUACCAGGAACCUAUUGGCUACCCAGUAGUAAGUCAGUGGGACCACUGGAUGCCCUCCUCAGAGUUCCUCCUAUUUUAUCUGCAUCAUUCAGACAAAGGAAAAGGAGCUGCUGCCAAAGAAGCUGGACCUUGAAAAGAAAGUGAAAGGAAGAAGAAUGCUAGUCUAGGAACAAGAUUGGCCCAUCUUUUAAUUUUUUUUCUUAGUUUUUUUAAAAUUUAUUUAUCCCCUUUUGUUGCCCUUGUUGUUGUUGGAUAGGACAGAGAGAAAUGGAGAGAAGAGGGGAAGACAGAGGGGGAGAAAGAGAGACACCUGCAGACCUGCUUCACCGCCUGUGAAGCAGCUUCCCUGCAGAUAGGGAGCCAGGGGCUCGAACCAGGAUUCUUCUGCCAGUCCUUGCACUUUGCGCCAUAUGUGCUUAACCCGCUGCGCUACUGCCAAGAUUGGCCCAUCUUUAUAGCUAUUCUACUCGCUGGUCAGAAAUCAGACAGACAGAUGUGAACGAGGUUAGUAGGUAAAUCAUAUCUAUUUUCAGCCUAGAAAUCAUUUAGAAACUUUCAGUGUAAUGGGAAGGUGGAUUAGAUUUUAGGGUCCAGGCACAGACUUUUUUUUUCUCUCCUGCCUUUUUGUUUCUUUUGUUCAGUUUUUUUCCAUAAACCCCUUGCCUUGCUUAUAAAAGACAAUUUAUUUCUAUUUUAGCACAAUAUAUAAUCAAAUAUAAGUAUCACUUUUAGAAAUAAUACUCAUCAGAAUUUGAGUUUAUAAAAUCCUGAAGUUUUCUAACUCAUUUAUUGAACAUUUCAGUUUAUCCAUCAUAUUGUAAACAGCCCUGCAUAUACAGGAUAUCCAUUUGUCCAGUUUUCCUUUUUUCCUUCCAUCCUCCCUAUUUUCAUCAAAUUACUUUUAUUCUCAUGUAGAUACCCACUCGCUACCUUGGCUUUUUUUUUUUUUUUUUUUGAGGGGGGAGUUGAUUUAAUCUUAACUGGUGGGCUUUCCUUCCUGGUUGGAAAUAUCACUGGCAACUUACUAAUACUCAGUAAGGGACAUUGCUGUGUGUAGGCACAAGUGUGGUAGAAACCUGCAACUGCCAGUUCCCCUGCCUCGAGCUUUCUGGGGGUUCUCCAGACCUUAGAGAACAAGAUGGAUUGUUCAGUCCUUCUGGGACAACUUUUCCUGUAAGCAAAGCCAGGUGUUUUUUUUUUUAGAUUAACUCUGGCUUGGAGGGAAAAAAGUGCCUUUUGCUGCUUUAAAGAAUUGGGGUAUAUAGUAUGAAGCAGCCAUGUACUUUUAAUUUCCGGGUCUUUUGGGCACUGUUCUCUCUUGGCAGAUGUGUUGUUAAAAUGCACAUGCCAGAAACACUCCACUCUACUAUACCAGACCUCCACAUCCUCCCUGCAUGUCCACUAUAUGUAGAGUGGAGGGCAUUUAGCAUGCCAGGCAGCUGGCAAGCCCAGAGCAAUUGGAAGGAGUAUCUAUGCUGAGUUACACUAAGCACUUUAAAACCAAAUGUGGUUCAGAGAUGAGUCAUUCUCCAUAGCAGGAGUCCCACCUGGAGUAAGUGAGAUGUGAAAAGGAUUAGUCUAAAAAGUGGUAAAGACAAGAAAUUCUUCCAGGAUUCAGAGGUGAUGAUGUGACAGUGCCAGUCUUCUCCAUCACAAACUUUGUCCUCUUCUCAGCACUGAUCCCUCCUGCCGCAGGUACUCAGACUUAUACACAAACUAGAAGGAGAUGAUGGGGAAGAAUAAUGGAGUUGCUUGCAGUCAGUGUUCCAAGACUACAACUUCUGAGUUCAGGAAGCAAGUAGAAUUUGCUUCUGUGUGGUAAAAGAAGAAAUUAUAGCUUUGCUGACAUCAGAAUUCUCCUCUGCCAAUGAGAAAAAAGCACUAUCUUUUUACCUUCAGGUGGUUUAUUAUUCUAUAAAGAAUAUAUGUAAAUAUUUUGUACAGAGUGGUGUAUGAAAUAAACAGCCAUAUGUGGUUACUAA